AUGGCAGAAGAGUCCUUCUUUGAGAAGGAAAAGGAUCGUCUCUUGAAAGAGAUCGCGACGGGCAUGGAAGACCUCAUCUCCACGACCAACGCGUACAACCGCAAGAUGGAGGAGGCGUACGGCGUCGGGAGAGAGUUUAGCACAGUCGCCGACCUGUGGGGCAAGUUUGUUGCCGACGUCACGGGACAUAAGGUGGAACGACCUGAAGGACCAGGGUGUCCCCGGAACAGGAGGGACGACGUUUGGCGCGGGCGCGAGAUGAUCAUGUCUUUCCCCUCUUCACACCAACCCCCGAACAAAGCAUAA